AUGAAUUUGCCCUGUUCGCAUCCCAGAUACGACUUCAAACACGUGACGUCAAGUCCACGGUUCCCGCAGUCCAAUGGUCUCGCCGAGAAGGGUGUCCAAAUCGUCAAAAGGAUCAUGAAGAAAACAAGUGGAACGAGCGAGGACUUCUGGCUGGGUCUACUCUCCUAUCGUUCGGCCCCUCUUGAAGACGGCCGCUCCCCAGGAGAAUUGCUUCAGGGCAGAAGGUUACGUACGCGGCUGCCAGACUUCUGGGCGUGCCCCAGGAAACAAGCACUUAGGCGCCAACCUCGGCAAUUGGCAAGCAGGAAACCCCUACCCGAACUCCAGAAAGAUGCAGUAGUAAGAGUACGGGGAGACACGUGGGACCGCAAGGCUCGAGUCGUGGACCUGGUGGCGCCGAGGUCCUAUCGCGUCGCUACAGAGGACAACCAAAUACUCCGACGCAACCGGCAACACCUUCUAGCCACACGUGAGCUUUUCCGCGCGGACUUGGGAGAAGAUGAAUCCGAGAGCGAGGAGGUUUCCCAGGCGACGAUGCCUGGGAGGGUGUCACCAUCAGAAUCAACCGCAACUACGCCAUUUCAAGCAACGACAGCUGCUUCACAGUGA